UUAGUAAUUGACUAUUGAAGGUUGGGCACCCGUGAGUGACAUGGCCACCGUGGUGAGGAUCCCAACAAUCUCAUGCAUCCACAUCCACACGUUCCGUUCCCAAUCCCCUCGCACUUUCGCCAGAAUCCGGGUCGGACCCAGGUCGUGGGCUCCUAUUCGGGCAUCGGCAGCGAGCUCGGAGAGAGGGGAGAUAGUAUUGGAGCAGAAGCCGAAGAAGGAUGACAAGAACAAGCUGCAGAAGGGAAUCGCAGAGUUUUACGACGAGUCGUCUGGCUUAUGGGAGAACAUUUGGGGCGACCACAUGCACCAUGGCUUUUAUGACUCGGAUUCCACUGUUUCGCUUUCGGAUCAUCGUGCUGCUCAGAUCCGAAUGAUCCAAGAGUCUCUUCGCUUUGCCUCUGUUUCUGAGGAGCGUAGUAAAUGGCCCAAGAGUAUAGUUGAUGUUGGGUGUGGCAUAGGUGGCAGCUCUAGAUACCUGGCCAAGAAAUUUGGAGCAACCAGUGUAGGCAUCACUCUGAGUCCUGUUCAAGCUCAAAGAGCAAAUGCUCUUGCUGCUGCUCAAGGAUUGGCUGAUAAGGUUUCCUUUCAGGUUGCUGACGCUCUACAGCAACCAUUCUCUGACGGCCAGUUUGAUCUGGUGUGGUCCAUGGAGAGUGGAGAGCAUAUGCCUGACAAAGCUAAGUUUGUUGGAGAGUUAGCUCGGGUAGCAGCACCAGGUGCCACUAUAAUAAUAGUAACAUGGUGCCACAGGGAUCUUGGCCCUGACGAACAAUCCUUACAUCCAUGGGAGCAAGAUCUCUUAAAGAAGAUUUGCGAUGCAUAUUACCUCCCUGCCUGGUGCUCAACUUCUGAUUAUGUUAAGUUGCUCCAAUCCCUGUCACUUCAGGACAUCAAGUCAGAAGAUUGGUCUCGCUUUGUUGCUCCAUUUUGGCCAGCAGUGAUACGCUCAGCCUUCACAUGGAAGGGUCUAACUUCACUCUUGAGCAGUGGACAAAAAACGAUAAAAGGAGCUUUGGCUAUGCCAUUGAUGAUAGAGGGAUACAAGAAAGAUCUAAUUAAGUUUGCCAUCAUUACAUGUCGAAAACCUGAAUAAAUGGAGAGGCAGGAUUACUUUUAUAGAAUGAACCAAGUUUCCAACAGGUCGUUUAUUUCGAUAGUUGAGAAACAAGAGAAAAAAUAAAUGAAAGGGGUUGUUCGAUUUUUAUUUUAGUUUUCUACAUAUGCAAUAUCUCCUAUGAUUGGCGAAAAUAUAUUAUCUACUUAAAUAAGUGGCACGAGUAUUUAUAAUUAAGUAAUUACAAAAGAAGUAUUGUAUAUAUAGAGAUAGAAAACUAAUAUUUUUGACUUGUGAAAACAUCGUAAAGGUGAUAAAGAGAAAUGUUAGUUAACGCCUUUUUUAA